AUGUCAAUGUUUUUUGUUUGAAGUAUUUUUAAGAGGUUACUUUUUAAGGGGUAACUUUUUCCACACAAAGGGUGGUGGGUGUAUUGAACAAACUACGAGUAGGUAGUUGAGGCAGGGGCUAUCCCAACAUUUAAGAAACAGUUAGACUGAUACAUGGAUAGACAGGUUUGAAGAUAUGGACCAAAAGCAGGUAGUGUAACUGGGAUAUGUUGGCGGGUGUGGGCAAGUUGCGUCGAAGGGCCUGUUUUCACACUGUAUCAUUCUAUGACUACAUUCUGCCUCCACCAUGCAUGAAUGCUUCAAAAUCAAAUAGUCGAGUUUUAUUGCCAUAUUCUCAAGCAUAGAAACAUGGAAAAUAGGUGCAGGAAUAGGCCGUUCGGCCUUCGUGUCAGCACUGCCAUUCAAUAUGAUCAUGGCUGUUCAUCUAAAAUCAGUACCUCUUUCCUGUUUUUUACCCAUAUCCCUUGAUGUAGUUAGCCACAAAAGCUACAACUCUCUCUUGAAAACAUCCAGUGGAUUGGCCUCCACUGCCUUCUGUGGCAGAGAAUUCCACAGAUUCACAACUCUCUGCGUGAAGAAAUCUUGUCCUCAUCUCAGUCCUAACUGGCCUACCCUUUAUUCUUAAACUGUGACCCCUGAUUCUGAACUCCCCCAACAUCGGGAACAUUUUUCCUGCAGUUACAGUAAGUGAAAAUCUAGCAGGCAAGCAGGAUGCUUUCUCCAACCACCCCUAUUUGAAGGCCACUAUGUUCCACUGUUUCUACCCAGUGCUUGGUACUUAUUUCCAGCAGCCACUAGUUGUCCUCCAGGAUGCACCGAGCCACAGCCUGAUCCAUGCUGGUCACCUAGGCGAAUUCGGCACAGAGACUCUCUCGGCAGCGGCGCAACGCUUCCGACGCCCCGGGACUCUUGCACUGUGACUGCUCCAUAGCCGGAGCUGCAGCGUGCGACUCGCCAGCCCGGCAAACACUCGCCAGCCCCGGCAAACACUCGCCAGUCUGCAUCUGUCCCCGCCGCUGCUUCUGCUUCCAUCCCUCCCUCAGCUCUGGCUCUAAAACACCCACGGCCCAUUCAAUUGAUAUGAGUUUUGGAAUUUUUGUUAAUCACAGAAUUUCUCACGACAGAGCAUGAGAAAUUUGUGAUCAGCGUGAGAGUGUGAGAAUUUGGCCAAAUGCGUGCUUCUCACAAACUCGUGAGUUUGUACGUUCUCCGCAUGACCUGCGUAGGUUUUCUCCGUGUGUUCCAUUUUCCUCCCGCACUCCAAAGAUGUAAAGGUUUCUAGCUUUAUUGGCUUGGUCUAACUGUAAAUUGUCCCUACUGUGUGUUGGAUGGAGUUAGUGUGUGGGGAUCGAUAGUCAACAUGGACCCAGUGGGCAUAAUGGCCUGUUUCCGUGCUGUAUCUCUAAACUAAAUUAAACUAGACAAUGUUGAGUUAUUACAUUCUGCUUUCUGAUAUUUCUGAAGUCACAGUCAUACAGCCCAGAAAAGGCCCUUUGGCCCAACUUCUCCAUGCCAAUAAAGAUGCCACAUUUAACCUAGUCCCAUUUGCCUGCGUUUGGCCAAAAUCUUUCAAAACAUAGAAACAUCGAAAAUAGGUGAAAGAGUAGGCCAUUCGGCCCUUCGAGACAGCACUGCCAUACAAUAUGAUCAUGACUGAUCAUCCAAAAUCAGUAUCGCGUACCUGCUUUCUCCCCAUAUCCCUUAAUUCCGUUAGCCCUAAGAGCUAUAUCUAACUCUCUCUUGAAUACAUCCAGUGAAUUGCCUUCUGUGACAGAGAAUUCCAUAGAUUCACAACUCUCUGGGUGAAAGCGUUUUUCCUCAUAUCAGUCUUAAAUGGCCUACCCCUUAUUCUUAACUGCGACCCCUGCUUCUGGACUCCCCCAAAAUGGGAACAUUUUUCCUGCAUCUAGACCUACCCAAUCCCUUAAGAAUGUUAUAUGUUUCUAUAAGAUCCCCUCUCAUCAUUUCCUAUCCAUGUUUAUCCCAUGCAAAUUGGAGGAACAGAACCUCAUAUUUCAAUUAAGCUGCUUAAAACAGAGCAGUCUUGAUUUCUCUAAUUUCAAGUUGCUUUCUUGCUUAUCUUUGGAGGGAUAAGAUGUUAGGUUUGGAGGGAUAUGGAUCAAACGCAAGCAGGUGGGACUAGUGUAACUGGGACAUGUUGGUCAGUGUGGGCUAGUAUCACUCUAUGACUCCAUGACAUCAUCCCACUUCUCCUGACCUCGCCCGCCCUGCUGAUUAACAGCACGGAAACAGGCCCUUCGGCCCAUCAAGUCCGCUCUGACCUGCGAUCACCCACAUACACUAACACUAUCCCACACACACUAGGAACAACUUUCAAUUUUACCGAAGCCCAUUAACCUACAAAUUCUUUGGAGUGUCUUUGGAGUGCGUGGGGAAACCGAAGAUCUCGGAGAAAACCCAGGCAGGUCACGGGGAGAACGUUCAAACUCUGUACAGACAAGCCCCACCCUUAGUUGUGAUCGAGCCUGGGCCUCUGGCACUGUGAGGCAGUAGCUUGACCGCUGAGCCACCGCACGUGCCCACCCUGUACUGUUCUAUGUUCAAUGAUCUAUGUUCAAGUACAAUGUCAUUCUUCAAGAUAUCACGUCAUUCUUACAGCGGAAUUUGAUGACAGCACAAAGAGAGGCAUCACAGUUGUUCUUUGUUGGUCCUCUGCACCAUAUUCUUCUAGAAUUAAAUUCCAUCGGGACAGUCAAAGGCAAUCUGCUGUUCAGAGCUGAUACGUCCGUGAAUCCCACUCUGUUGAUUUCUAUAACGGUCACUGUAAGGGCAACGACAUAAAAUGUUCAACUUUUUGGACAUAUUUCGUACAAGGCGUCCCAGCCACGAAUUCUUCCUCAAGUCGGAAGACAAUGAUGACUUGCUGAGAGGCAAAGUUUAUAUCAAACAGAUUAAGGAUUUCGGAAAGGUGUUGCUGAAAACUUAUCUGCCAUUGAGUAACAGGCUGCAGGCAGCGGCUUCAUUGGGCAUAAUAAGUUAUACAGGUGGGCCGGAGGCUGCCAACUGUGUGCAGGCCUACAUCGAGCCUCUCCUGCGCUACCUGAACCAGACCAUAUACACGGAGAAGGACCAGAUCACAGUCCUCCAGAGCUUGUCGGGGAUCUGCUACAACAACACCGCCAACCAGAGUACCGUGGUGGACCAGCAGCUCCUGACCACUCUGGUGUCCUUGAUCAGCAGUAGGAACAGUAUUGUCACGUCCAUCAAGGUCAAGUUCUGGGCCUGCUACCUGCUCCACAUCUUGUGCUGCAACAACAUUCCCAUAAUCCGGCGCCUGAAUAAGGCCAAGUAUCUGCACUCCAGUCUCAUACAUUUAUCCGAGCUCUCUUGGUUUGGUUGGCCGAACAAUUAUGCCCAAGUGUUGAUCUACAUUCUAGGGUUUGAGAAGCAAAACCCAGCUUUGUAGCGACAUUUCAAAAUGUCCAUUAAAGUCACUUAAUACUUCAAUCUUCAGAUUCUUUUCAUGAAACACAAUGAUUUAACGUAAAUAAAAUCACCGUUUUGUUGGGAACAACUGUGUCUUCUUCCAGUGUAAGGCCAUCAACACACAUUUAUUGGGAC